CAAAAGGAAAAGCAAAACAAAGCAACCACACUGCAAAGAUUCUUGUUUCUUCUUCUUUCUCCGAAAGCGAAGGGGAGGGAAAGCGUGCAUUACAUGUUAUAAUGAGAACCAGGAAUCACUUUUAAACAUAGAAUUUCCCAAAGGGUCUUCCUUGGUUCCCAAUAUGCCCUUGGAAUUUCUCUGGAUUUUCCGUUUUGCCCCAUCACAACAACAAGCGCCAUAACCAACCAACCAACCAACCGUGCCAGCUGCGGAAAACAGCCACCACCACCACCACCACCACCGUCGUCAUCACCAAUGCUGUGUAAACUGGUCCCGUUGCCGCGGAAGAAAAAACCCGGUUCGGUCCCGGUUUACCUCAACGUCUAUGAUCUCACCCCGAUUAAUGGGUAUGCGUAUUGGUUAGGCCUCGGAGUUUAUCAUUCUGGUGUUCAAGUUCAUGGGGUUGAGUAUGGAUUUGGAGCGCAUGAACGUAGCACGACUGGGAUUUUUGAAGUGGAACCUGGACACUGUCCUGGAUUCACCUUUAGAAAAUCAGUUUACAUUGGAUCAACUGAUCUCGGUGCGAAGGAUGUCCGGGCACUCAUGGAGAAGCUAGCUGCGGAAUAUCCUGGCAACACCUACCAUCUUAUACAAAAAAAUUGCAACCACUUCUGCAAUGAUGUUUGCAACAAAUUAACUGGAAAGUCAAUCCCUCGAUGGGUUAAUCGACUUGCACGACUUGGUUUUCUCUGCAACUGUGUUCUUCCGCCCAGCCUGAACGAAAAGAAGGUUGGACCAGCGGCAUUGACCAACAGGAUUCCGGAAGAAGGAAAGAAUAAGAUGAGAAGCCAGUCCACAAGGCAUGAGGCUUCCUCCAAUCCUCCAUUGUCAGCUAGCCGAAGACGUUGUCUUUCUCCACCUUCAUCUGUAAUUAAUGGUUCUGCAUCCUCAACCUUAACAGUAAAGUAGAGCAUUUAAAAGAAGCCAGUUUCUGAAAUAUAGGCUGUUAGAAUUAUAUAAUGUAAGAACAUCAGAUGAGAAGGGGAAAAAAAAACUUUCUCAUCUGCUCCAUUUUUCUGUUUAGCUGUAUAUCUUUAAAUAUGUGGCAAUGGCUAAAAUGGAAUGGUUGCUUUAUCUCUUC